AUGCCUCACAAAAUCAGAGACUUGCGUCUUCUUCAUGCCGAUUUGUGUCAGAUCAUCAUGUACGUGGACAGUAUUUUCGCACCGCUGGCGAUAUUCUUCCACGGUGGAACUGUGGCAGGCUUCUGUGGCGAAACCAUCAGAUUGAUAGAGCGAUAUUCCAAAGGAGUGGAUUCCUCCGAGUCGUUGUCGUUAACGAGUGUGGUGCUCAGCUUGGCGUUCUUGGUGAUUGUUAUCCCUCUCGUGACCAUAUCAACAGCGGAGAUUUGUGAUUGCCCGAGGAAAUCGAUCCAAGCUGUCAAUAAACUUCUCCAGGAACAAGGAACACUCGACGUGGCGGCUGGCACCCACCAGAUCCGCCUCUUCCUGUCUCAAAUGUACGUGAAGGAUGUCCAAAUGACAGCUUGGCGUUUCUACAAAUUGGACCGAGCCGCCCUCAUGACGACCUACGGCGCUUCGGUCAGCUACGUGAGUCUGGUUCUUCAAUCGACCGGAAAAGUUUGAAUUCCCCGCCGCGGUCAUCAGUGGAGUGCCUAUCUCCUCUGAAGAUUAGAUCAUCCCUAUU